UGGUGGUGUCUUCUUCUCCUCUCUCCUGAGCUGGCACGUGUCCAGUUGAGGGGCAGAGGAGGGCUGGGCCAGACCCAGGCGAAGGCCGGCUGCCUCUACCUCCUGUGGCCUCUGUCCAGCCCCCAUAGGUGGGAGCCUGGAGGGAGAGGGAAUGGCUCCUGUGCUGACAGCCAGGCCAGGACAGGAAUCAGUAACAUUCAAGGAUGUGGCUGUGGAAUUCACCCGAGAGGAGUGGGGACAAUUGAACCCAUCUCAGAAAAUGUUGUACAGGGAUGUGAUGCUGGAGAAUUAUAGGAACUUGGUGUCUUUGGGAUUUGCAGUUUCCAAACCAGAUGUGAUCUAUCAGUUGGAAAGGAAGGGAGCAUCUUGGAUGCCAGAGGCAGAUAUUCCCAGAAGCAGCUGUCCAGAGGACAGAGAAUUGACUGGAGAUAAACCUCUUGAAUGUAAUGAAUAUGGGAAGACCUUCUGGAGCAAGGAACAUCUCGCUUUGCAUCACACGGUUCAUGCUGGAGAGAAACAAUAUGAAUGUAGUGAAUGUGGAAAGGCCUUCAGGGAAAACUCAAAUCUUACUGUACAUCAGAGAAUUCAUACUGGAGUGAGGUCUUAUGAAUGUAAUCAAUGUGGGAAGGCCUUCAGGGAUAAGACAAAACUUACUGUGCAUCAGAGAAUUCAUACUGGAGAGAAACCUUAUGAAUGUACUGAAUGUGAAAAGGCGUUCAGGGCUAAGUCAGAUCUUACUAUGCAUCAGAGAGUUCAUACUGGAGAGAAACCUUGUAUAUGUAGUGAAUGUGGGAAGGCCUUCAGAUAUAAGUCAAAUCUUACUGUGCAUCAGAGAAUUCAUACUGGAGAGAAACCUUUUGAAUGUAGUGAAUGCGGGAAGGCCUUCAGGGAUAAGACAAACCUGACUCUGCAUCAGAGAAUUCAUACUGGAGAGAAACCUUAUGAAUGUAGUGAAUGUGGGAAGGCCUUCAGGUGUAAGAGAAAGCUUAGAGUCCAUCACAGAAUUCAUACUGGAGAGAAACCUUAUGAAUGUAGUGAAUGUGGGAAGGCCUUCCAUACUAAAAAGGAACUUACAGUUCAUCACAGGGUACAUAGUGGAGAGAAACGUUAUGAAUGUAGUCAGUGUGGGAAGGCCUUCAUGGAUAUGAGAACACAUAAAGUGCAUCAAAAAGUUCAUACUGGAGAGAAACCUUAUGAAUGUAGUCAAUGUGGGAAGGCCUUCAGGGGUAAAGGAGAAUUGAAAAUCCAUCACAGAAUUCAUACUGGAGAGAAACCUUAUGAAUGUAGUGAAUGUAGGAAGGCCUUCCAUACCAAAAAGCAACUUACUGCGCAUCAGAGAGUUCAUACUGGAGUGAGGCCCUAUGAAUGUAGUGAAUGUGGGAAGGCCUUCAGGCGUAAGAGAGAGCUUAGGGUCCAUCACAGAAUUCAUACUGGAGAGAAACCUUAUGAAUGUAGGGAAUGUGGGAAGGCCUUCAGGGAUAAGACAAAACUGACUCUGCAUCAGAGAAUUCAUACUGGAGAGAAACCUUAUGAAUGUACUGAAUGUGGGAAGGCCUUCCGUACUAAAAAGGAACUUACAGUUCAUCAGAGAAUUCAUACUGGAGAGAAACCUUAUGAAUGUAGUCAAUGUGGGAAGGCCUUCAGGGAUAGGAGAACAUGUAAAGUGCAUCAAAAAGUUCAUUCUGGAGAGAAACCUUAUGAAUGCAGUCAAUGUGGGAAGGCCUUCAGGGGUAAGGGAGAACUGAGAAUCCAUCACAGAAUUCAUACUGGAGAGAAACCUUAUGAAUGUAGUCAAUGUAAGAAGGCCUUCCAUACCAAAAACCAACUUAGUGCGCAUCAGAGAGUUCAUACUGGAGUGAGGCCUUAUGAAUGUAGUGAAUGUGGGAAGGCCUUCAGAUGUCAGUCAAAUCUUAUUGUGCAUCAGAGAAUUCAUACUGGAGAGAAACCUUGUGAAUGUAGUGUAUGUGGGAAGGCCUUCAGGGAUAAGACAAAACUGACUCUGCAUCAGAGAAUUCAUACUGGAGAGAAACCUUAUGAAUGUACUGAAUGUGGGAAGGCCUUCCGUACUAAAAAGGAACUUACAGUUCAUCAGAGAAUUCAUACUGGAGAGAAACCUUAUGAAUGUAGUCAAUGUGGGAAGGCCUUCAGGGAUAGGAGAACAUGUAAAGUGCAUCAAAAUGUUCAUACUGGAGAGAAACCUUAUGAGUGUAGUCAAUGUGGGAAGGCCUUCAGGGAUAAGAGAGAACUGAGAAUCCAUCACAGAAUUCAUACUGGAGAGAAACCAUAUGAAUGUAGUGAAUGUGGGAAGGUCUACAGAUAUAAGUCAUCUCUUACUGUGCAUCAGAGAAUUCAUACUGGAGAGAAACCUUAUUAAUGUACUUAAUUCAGGAAGGCCUUCAGGGAUAAGAGAAAACUUACAGCUCAUCAGAGAAUUCAUACUGGAGAGAAACUAAAAGGGAAGUUACAGUUCAUCACAGGGUUCGUAGUGGAGAGAAACCUUAGGAUUGUUGUCAAUGUGGGAAGGCCUACAAGGAUAAGAGAACAUGUAAAGUGCAUCACAAAGUUCGUACUGGAGAGAAACCUUAUGAAUGUAGUGAAUGUAGGAAGGCCUUCCAUACUAAAAAGGAACUUAACAGUUCAUCACAGUGUUCAUAGUGGAGAGAAACCUUAUAGAUGUAGUCAAUGUGGGAAGGCCUUCAGGGAUAAGAACAUGUAAAGCUCAUCAGAGAAUUCAUACUGGAGAGAAACUAAAAAGGAAGUUAUAGUUCAUCACAGGGUUCGUAGUGGAGAGAAACCUUAGGAUUGUUGUCAAUGUGGGAAGGCCUUCAGGGAUAAGAGAACAUGUAAAGUGCAUCACAAAGUUCAUACUGGAGAGAAACCUUAUGGAUGUAGUGAAUGUGGGAAGGCCUUGAAGAAGAAGGUGUAUCUUACUGUACAUCGGAUAAUUCAUACUGGAGACAUCCUUCAGAAAUGUAAGCAGUGGGGGAAGGCUUUCCCCUACAACUAAGAUUUCAUUCGACAUCAAAAAAUUCAUACUGCAGAGAAACCUUAUGAAUAUAAUGAAUGUGGAAGAUUUUCAGAGUGAGAGUACAACACACUCAACACCAAGGACUUGAAGAAAGGAACCUUAAGAGUGUAAUGCAUGUAGGAAGUCCUUGAGGUGGAGUACUCUACUUUAUGUCCAUCAGAGAUUUCAUGCUGGUGAGAUUCCUCCUAAAUGUAAGGUGUGUGAGAACACCUCCAUUGCCAUUCAGAUCUCAUGAGACAUCAAAAAUUCAUGUUGGAGAAUAUCCUUAUGUAUCUAGUAAAUGUGGGGAGGCUUUCAGGAAGAAGCCACAUCUUACAGUGUAUUAGAGGGUUCAUACUGGAGAAACUGCUUAUGAAUGUGAGUAAUGUGGGAAGGCCUUCCACCCGAACUCUGGUAUUCUCAACUUCAAAUAAUUUAUAGCUUCUGAAUGUAAUAUACAAGGGGAAGGCCUUCCACCUAAAUGUAUCUUUUACUCUACAUCAGAGCACUCAUACUGGAGAGACCUUUUGAAUGCAAUGAAUGUGGGAAGAUCUUCAGCCUGAAGACACAACUUGCUCAACAUCAAAGAACUAAUUCUGGAGAAGAGCUUUUGAGUUUGGGAAGGCCUUUAAACUAAGGAUGGUACUUUAUGUCCAUCAGAGAAUUCCUACUUGAGUGACUCUUCAUGAUUGUAAGGAGUGUGGGAAGAUCCCCCCAGCUGACUAGAUUGAUUUUGAGUCUUUCAAUGCAAUUCAGCGAUUCCUAAUUUACACACCACGGGAGAAGGAGAUAUCCCUCCCCUAUGUAAAAGUCUGUAAGGGGGUAAAGAUUUAGUGUUAUCUUUUUGUGGAUCUUCAGGGAGGGAGAGGCUAUGCUGUUUGAGCCAGAGGUUACUUAGUGGAUGGUGGUAUUGGGAGAGCUGUAGUAUUCACUAUGAUCCCUGGGUACUUGGCAUGCAAGACUCUUGGGGAUGACCUCUUGGCCAUAAACCUGAGCCUAAUGUGUGAUGAAUAAUUGUUGAUGGUGCUUGAGGAAUAUUUCAUAAUUGAGCUGUGUUCCUGAUGUUGCUGGUGUUGCUUCUGCUCCUAUUCAUUUGGGUAGCCACUGUGGACCAUAAAGAUUUGCAGGCACCUUAACUAAACCAAACAUUGCAAGGACCUGUGGCAGAUUUUGAUGGCAAGGUGACUUCUGCCCUGUUCUCUGAAUUGAAAUGGAGGAAAACAGCAGGAUUUGCUAUGACCUCAUGGUAGCUGAAUGCCUCAUCACCUAAUUAGUGACACAUGAAAAGAUGAAUAAGAUUCCCAUUACAGUUAAGGAAUAUAAAUGGGGAAUUUUCAAUGAAGAAAUCAAAGGGAUGAAUAAUAAAGAUGAAAAAGUCUCCUAAAUCUCUAUUGUUUAUAGAGGAAUGAAAACAACUUUGAAGCGACAUGUCACACUACCUUAGAUUGGCCAAAAUUACCGAAAAGGAAAAUGACAUUCUGGAGUGGAUGUGGAAAAAUAGGGAAAGUAAUGCACAAUUCAGAACUAGUCCAACCAUUCUGCAGAACAAUUUGGAACUGUGGCCAAAGGAUUAUAAAAUUGUGCAUACCCUUUGACACAGCCAUACCACUACUGUCUGUAUCCCAAUGAGAUCAAAGGAGAAGGACCUAUGUGUACAGAUAUAUUUAUAAUGGAUCUUUUGGUGCUGGCAGAGAAUUGGAAAUUGAAGGAAUGCAUGUCCACUGGGGAAUGGCUAAACAAGCUGUGGUAUAUGAAUGUAAUGGAAUACUGUUGUGCUGUAAGAAAUGGUGAGUAGGUGAAUUUCAGAGAAACCUAGAAAUACUUACAUGAACUGAUUCUGAAUGAAGUAAGCAGAACCAGGAGAAAAUUGUACACAGUAAGCAACAUUGUGCUGUGAUCAACUUUGAUAGAUUUAGCUCUUCUUAGCAUCUAAGACAGUUCACAAAGACUCAUAAUAGAAAAUGCUGUCCCACAUCCAGAGAAAGAGUUAAGGAGUCUGAAUGUAGAUCAAAGUCUACUAUU